CAAAGCAUUUUUAACACUCUUCUAGCAUCAUCUUAGCAACACAAAACAAUGGCCACAACUCUAUCAAAUAUGAGCUUCUAUGCUCCCACUUCAUCUAGUAAAAUGAACAAACUUUCCAAUGUCAAAUUGACACCAUUGUCAAGAACAAUGAAUAGAUCUUUCUGUACCAAUGUAAAGGCUAUGGCAGGAGAUGAAGCAAGAUUGCAGAGAGCAAAACAGCAGCAAUUGCCACCAAAGAUGAAGGUGUCACAAGCUUCACCUAGAGUGUUGUUGAACCAGUUUCCAGUGGCCAGGACUGUGCAACAAAUGAUGGAUACAAUGGAUAGGAUUGUGGAAGAUCCAUUGGUGUACAGUAACAAUUCACCUUGGAUAGUUGUGGAGAAUGGUGAACACAGUAAGGCAAAAAUUCCAUGGCUAAUAAAAGAGGAACAAAAAGAUUACAAAUUGAGAUUCAACAUGCCUGGUAUGAGCAAGAAUGAUGUUAAGGUAUGGAUUGAAGAAAACAUGUUGGUAGUGAAGGCAGAAAAAGUUGCCACACAACACCAUGAAGGUCAAGCAAAUGGAGGCGGAGAAUUAAGUCCGGAGCAUGAUGAUUGGCCUGCGAAUAGCUAUGGUAGGUAUAAUCAGAGGAUUUCGCUUCCGGAAAAUAUCGAGUUUGAGAAAAUUAAGGCACAAGUUAGAGAUGGUGUUCUUUACAUAACAAUCCCUAAAGCAAAAGCCAGUUCAAAAGUAAUUGGCAUAGAUGUUCAAUAAUCUCUGUAGCACCAACACUUUGUUUCAAUUUUCAAAUUAUUGCCAUUGUUAAUGUGCCAGUAUCAAUGUCAUGUUUGGUGUGUGUGUAGUGUUUCAUAGACACUAUUUGUAAGGUUGUGAUAAAAUUGGGUUAGUUCACAGCUACAUUCAGUUUUUGUUA